UGAAUAUCAUCACUGCGUCUUUAAUAAAAUUGAUUCAGGUAAAUAAAAACAACUGACAAAGUUGCAUUAUUUAUAGAUUCAAAUUUAAAAUUUUUUAAAAUUCAAGUCAGUAUUGGCAAUAACAAGGGUAUCUAUAAUCUGCAGCUUAAAAACUUGUGAUUUAAAUAAAUGUGGAGAAGACGGGAAAAUCACUCUUGUUUUGAGCCUAUAUGUAAACUUGGUUGUUUGAUGAACAGUUGGUAAAAUAAGCAUGUGCAAUUGUAUUGAUAUCAAUAAUGAUUGAUUGUAAAUCAAGAUGUGGUAGCAUCUUGCUGAAGAAUUUUUACCUCUUUUUCAAUUACUAAAAUAAUUGUGAUGGCCACAGCCAAAUUAUUUCAUUUUGCAUCUCUUAGUCUUGUUAUGAAUUGAACCAGAUUCUCAUUGGCUCUGUGUUCUCUGAAACCAAUCAAAUAAAAGAUGACAGGGUUUAAGUCUACAGGAUUUGAUCAUGUGACCAACCCCGAUUAUGUUCCUCCAUGGUCCGAAUGAAGCAUCAAAUCAGACAUAUUUGAUUGUUUAUAUAUACAUCUACAUUUGAAUCAUUUAAUCAAUUAUCCAUAAAGAGCGAGUAAAAGUUUGUAAAAUAUUAUUUUUGUCGAUUCUAAAAUUAAACAAAAGAAGCAACCAAUUUUUCCAUUUAUGUGAAGGUUGCUAUGGUUACUCAACCUACUUGGAAGCCAUGAAAUCCAUGGAGUUUGCUUUAGUUUUCAAUUGAUCGAUCCAGAUAUAAUCCACGCAAAAUCAGCAGCAAAAGUAUAAAGAAGACAUUUAUGAACAAUGUGAAAAUUAUUUACUAUAGCUAUCUGAAUUAAAGGUGGCAUUUUGAAAGCUAAACAAUGCAUUUAUGAUAGUUUUUGAACAAAAAUUAGAAGAACACUAUUAUUGUUACACCUACACAUAGGUCGGUCAUGCUUUGAAUUACAUAGAUUUGUGUCUUUACAUGCAUAUACAAAUUACAAUCAAUUUCUGUAUGUAAGAAAUAGACAGUAACAUACUGUAAAGUGGAUCUAAAUAUAUUUAAACAUUGAUAUAUAUUUCUUGAAUAAUGAACUGUCAAUUCUCAAUGAAUAAUGAAAUUAUUAUACGUGUAAACUGUAUUUAUGUGACAUAAUGUCUAAGUGUGUUCGACAUGACGAUAUCUACCAUUUUCUUACAUUAUACUACCCUAGUGGGAACAUUAUUUGUAUCAAAGUUGUAUUUUCAAAAAUCAGAGGUAUUCUGAUUGCUAAAAUUUAUAUAAUUCCCUCAAGUGGUGAGAGUUUGCUGAUGAACAAUGUCACAGGAUAUGUAAACAAGUUUUGUUUGAUCUAUUUACUCAGUGUCUUCAUAGUACCUUCUAUUGAGAUAAGGCCCGCCCACCCAAUCCAUUUUAAAAUAGAACAUGUCACAAUUACACUUACUAAAUUCUCUAUUAUUCUGUAUAGAAAUGAUAAUGGGUCAAUCGUUAUAAAAAAAAUGGUCAUAUUAGUUUUAUUAAAAAGCAUUGAAAAGUCAAGUAAAAAAAGGGGGAGGGUAGCGUAGCUGACAUGUGUUUUUGGAUCUCAUUCUUCUUCCUCACUCCGAUCAGGAGAGGUAUCAUAAUGACAUAUGUUUUAUGUUAUUGUGACAUAGGCUCUUUCCAGUUAAUAUCAUUCAGGAUGCAGAAAAAUUUUAUUAAUGUUUGAGACUUAAACAGUUUGUUUUUGUUCAUAAGAAAAAUUGUAACUGUUCCAACGUUCAAUAAUUCUGCAUUUUUUCUGUCAAAUUAUCAUCGUAUUUAUAUAGUUAAUUCUGUAGCUAUUCAUUGUAUAUAUUUGUGUUAAAAUCAUUGCAACAUUUAUUUUGAGUUUUGAGACUAUCCCUCGAGAUUUGGCCAUGUAAUUAGAGUAGCCUCCCUUUGUAUGUAAACUGACAGCCACGUCAAUAACGUGUCGAGAUAGUAGCGCCAGGGAAGAAACAAGCUGUGUUCAGAUAAAUCUUCUGUGCGGAUUCAUCAGGAAAUGGGUCAAGGAUGUACCGGAAAUCCCCGUAUCUUACAACCAAAAUUGUGUUUAUCGAUUUAGAAAUAUUUAAAUGGAGUUAUGUUGCACGUGACAAUGAGUGUACAAGUUUGAAAAUUCCUUAGAACACGCGACAAGGAAAUACUGGCAUCUAACAGUGUCUAACGAAACAAAAAAACAAACUGGCGGCAUCGCGAAAGUGAAAGUAAAAGGCGAGCAGCAUCACUGUUUUCCCGCGCAAUCGGACAACAUCCCUUGCAGUCCAGCUAACAUUUCGUGGAUGUGUGUAGUCAAUACGGUUGACACAAUCACACAUGUUGUAACGUAAACGACAUUACGUUACAUGUACAUAGUGUUCUGGAGAAUUCUGCUUCUGAUAACGUAUCAGGCCAUCGACUGAACGUACAAGGACCUUUUUAUCUUGUUAAAAGAUGUCAGUCUAAAGGUACGGUUUAACGAAAGUGUAAAUAUAACAUAGGGGAGAAUGACAGACAGUGACGAAAUCCAGAUCGUGGAGAAAGAUGACCCCGCCCCCCACCAAACGGCCUGCUCCACGGACAGCUCUCAGUAUGAGACCCUGUACGGGAACAACUUCCCCCGGGACACGGACUUCCAGAAACUAGUAUGGGAGAUAGAGAUGGCCAUAGCGACCGGAGUGAGCCCAGAACUGAGUGCUAAAGGGACGAGUGGCUGUUACUUCGUGAAAGAUAGGGAGGCUAAAAUUAUUGGGGUAUUCAAACCAAAGGACGAGGAACCCUAUGGAAAGCUGAACCCGAAAUGGACCAAGUGGAUGCACAAGUUGUGUUGUCCGUGUUGUUUUGGGAGAAGUUGUCUUGUGCCAAAUCAAGGAUACUUAUCAGAGGCGGGAGCAAGUCUAGUGGACCGAAAACUGCAGCUAAAUAUAGUACCCAAUACAAAAGUUGUAAAAUUAGCUAGUGACACAUUUAACUAUAGUGCAAUAGAUCGAGCCAAGUCCCGAACCAAACACAGUAUUAUGACCAAGGUGCCGGCUGUGGGCAAGAAAUUCCAUCGACUGGGAUUACCCCCUAAGACCGGAUCUUUUCAACUUUUUGUCAACGGGUACAAAGAUGCUGACUUUUGGUUACGAAAGUUUGACAGUGAAGAUUUACCUGUUUCUACGGCAACCAAAUUGCAGCAUUUAUUUGAGAGACUAGUCGUUUUAGAUUACAUAAUUAGAAAUACAGACAGAGGAAAUGACAAUUGGCUGAUCAAGUAUGAACCGGCCACCAGUACUCCCAAAGGAGAUAGCGAGGAGGGUGAGUGGAGUUUGGUACAGAACCCAGACAUUUCUGUCGCUGCCAUAGACAACGGUCUUGCCUUUCCUUAUAAACACCCAGAUGAAUGGAGGGCGUAUCCCUACCAUUGGGCCUGGUUACCUCAAGCUAAGGUUCCCUUCUCAGACGAAAUCAAAGAACUGGUUCUACCUCAGCUGUCGGACAUGAACUUUGUACAGGACCUCUGUGAUGACCUCUACGAAUUGUUCAAGACUGACAAGGGAUUUGAUAAAAGAACGUUUGCGAAGCAGAUGGGGGUCAUGAGAGGGCAGAUUUUGAACUUGACCCAGGCCUUAAAGGACAACAAGUCUCCAGUCCAGCUGGUUCAGAUGCCGGUGGUCACUGUGGAGAGAACAAAGGAAGGUCGCGUACGGACGGACAGUGACCAGUACACACAGAGCUUCUCCCACAGGGCACCCUUCUUCUCCUGGUGCUGAGACAACCUCCGGGGAGUGGGGGAACCUCCUGGGAUAUCAGGUCAUGUAAGGUCGGGCCACACCCCCUCCCCCGAAGUGAAUGAACCGGGAAUUCCUUCUCCAGUGUUUCAUCUUUUGAGAUGUACUGACACCAAGUGUUGGAUAAAUAGUGCAGCCAUUUUAUCACCAUAUCUCUUCUUAUUUAAACCAGUCCUUCCUGACACAAAUAGGAUGCACAAGCUAUUUAGACUGUAGACUCUUUUUCCCAAAUCAGUUGCCAAAACUAUGGGGCUUUAACUUUCUUCCUGCGUAAGGAUGAAGGAGACAGUAUCCUCUGGAUGGAUCUUUAACCUACCAUAUAUAAUUCUAAGUUUCGACUUGUAUCUUUUAACUUGCAGCUGUUAACAAGUUUGGAUUUGUAUAGCAUACACCAUAGUUGAUGCUUCCAGGUGUUUCAAUGCAAUUCUUGGUAAAAAUAUUAUUUCCAAUUGUUCUUUUUUUAAUACCAUAUUUUUGUGAGCAAUACUUAUGUUGCGUUCAGCAUUACUGUGGAAUCAUUUAAUUUCGUGGGGGCCAAUUUUCGUGGAUUGUGGAUUUUUUGCUUAUUUGUGGGGAUGUUAUUUCGUUGAUGUGUCAGUUUUCAGUUUGAGUAGGUAAACCAAAUCUUUAAUAAUUAGUUUUCAUUGAGGAUUUAAAUUCGUGGGCAAGGGGUACCCACGAAUACCACGAAAAUUGAGCCACCACGAAUUCUAAUGAUUCCACAGUAUAGAGUAGACAGCUACUCCACACAGUGGACAGUGAGAAGGGUCAGUGAACCAGGGUCACAUUAAUGAAAUGAUAUUGAUAAUCAUCCCAGUGCUUGUGUGUGUGGGCGUCAGGUGAAUUGAGCAAGUCAGUCUUGGUGAUUUAUGUUCUAAUUUUAGGUUUUUGGUGCUACAUGAGAAUCUAUUUAAUUAUGAAGGGAGAAAGUGGUUUCAUGAUUUCUGUGAAGUUCAACUUUCAUUUGAAAGAAAGUCGUUGAGAGAUGUUUGUAUUUUUUUGUUUCAUUAAAAAUUGUAACAAAUCUGUAUUCUGGUAACCUAUGAACUUUAUAUUUUUCUUGUUUUGAUGAUUUGAGAGGUUUUCUUACACAUGCUAGUCUUUUAGUUUGAAAAUUAAACACACAAAAAUGUAACUCAAAUGAGUGAAUUACAGUAAUGCACAGGACUAUGACAUGAUUGUAAAACAUUACAGAAAUAUCCCUCAUUAGAUUGUUAUCUAUUACAUAUGCAUGGCAUUACAUUACAAUUGUUAUGCAUUACAGGAACAUAACUAUUUGGUCUAUUGCAUGUCUAUUCAGUACAGCAUGUUUUUAUUUUAAGGUAGUUUUUCAUAAAGAACACGAAAAGGUAAUUUGGGAUUAGUUGUUGUUUUGUACAAUGAGUAUUAUUUAAAUAUUUUUUAAUGUUUUAUUUUUUUCAUAAAUCAUUGAUUCACCUGUGUGGUGUACGUAUGGACUAUUUUUAUCUGCUGGUGUAUGCAUUCUAUAAACUCCCCCAGGACCAGUGGAUCUGUGGAAACAUCACCGGGAACGAUCUCAUUGUGAAACACAACACCGACACAUCACAUACUGACAGAAAUCCAACCUUUGUGUGAAAACAACAGUCUGUACAAUAAUGCCUUCCCAGAAUGCCAUGCUACAUUGGGGAAUUCUCGAAAGCUGUUGUUCAUCAUGCUGGGCUGAUGUUUAUAAAAUCAGCUACAUAUUUUUGUUACAGUUGCUCAUGUUUUGUUUUGCUAAUUGCUAAUAAGUAAUAAAUUAAUGUUGAUUUUUAUAAUACA